UUCCCGGAUAUCGAUCGGACGCUAUUCACACAUUCGUCAAUAGGGUCAAUUUAUCUAAAUUAUUCAAAGUUAAGUUUAUACCCCCAUUGUAUAUAAUUAUUAAUUAUUAUUAAUAUAAAUGGCAAAUACAAACACAGACCUCACAGAGGAAGAUGCUGCGGAUUUGCAGUUUCCCAAAGAGACUCAAAGGCCUAAACAAACUGUGGUCACAUUAAAUAAAAAUACGGACGGCAAAAGCGUUGUACUGGGCCAUUGCUCACACUGUUUUUAUGAGCUUAUUAAGUGCUACAUAUUUUGUGAUAGGUGCAAAAUUAAUAUAUGUCUUGAAUGUUUUGCUAAUGGUGCUGAAUUUUUAAAUCAUAAAAAUAAUCAUGAGUAUCAAGUGUUGACUACAAAUUUCCAACUUUUUGAAAAUUCUGAUUGGAUGGCCGAAGAGGAGUUGCGUUUGUUGGAUCUUCUUUUGUUCUAUGGCAAUUGGGACCUUGUAGCUUUAGAUUUUCCCAAUAGGACUGUUGAUGAGAUAAAAGAACAUUAUGAAUAUUUUUAUCUAGACAGACAUGGGAAUGGAGACAUACCUAUAUUCAAAAAUGAGCCUGUUUUAUCUGAACUUAUAGUGCCCUACCGGUUUCAGUUAGCUGACUCAGAAGAACCUCCAAGAUAUGCUGCAAAUACCAUUGGCUAUCAAUCCCUUGCCGGCUAUAACCCUCCCAGAGGAGAUUUUGAAAAUGAUUAUGAUAAGAAUGCAGAAGAUCUUGUCGCUUCUUUAGACACAAUUGACCCAGAUGAUCCAUCUUAUGAAAUACAAACAAACUUGCAAUAUGCAAUUAUGUUAAGUUACAAUAACCGAUUGAAAGAGCGCCAGAGAAGAAAAGAUGUUAUAGCUGCUCAUGGUUUGAUUGUUUUAAGAAAAACACUUGCUUGGUUGCAUAGAUACAAUACCACAUUAACUCCUGCAGUUUGUAAGAAAUUUUUGAGAUUCAUGCAUCUUUGUGAACCCAUGAAAUUUGAAAUGCUUCUGGAAGGAAUGCAUAGAGCUGGUGAAUUAAGGAUUCUCAUUCAAAGGUUAAUAUGCUUACGAAAAAAUGGGAUAACAACUUUAUCUGAAGGUCGUAUGUAUGUGCAAAUGCAGGAACUCCGCGAGGAUUAUAAGAAACGCCUAAAAUUAUUUCGGUCGAAGCCACAAUACAGUUUUAAGCACAAAAACACCACGACAAAUAUGCAGAAACAGAAAAAAAAGAUAACUGCUACUCCUCUGGAUAUCGUCGGUUUGCCAGGUUAUGAUAACCUAACUGAUAAAGAAAAGGAAAUGUGUAGCAAUGUUCGUCUUGUGCCUGCCAUAUAUUUGGAACUAAAGGAUAUUCUGAUUGCUGAAAAUCAGAGAGCGGGUCGUGUGAAUUUAAAAAAAGCUAGAACUUUAUUGAAGAUUGAUGUCAAUAAAACUAGAAAGCUAUUUGAUUUUAUGGUUUCUGAGGCAUAUAUUAGGAUAUAAGUUUUUAUGUUUUGAUAAAUUUUUGAAAAAUAUAAAUUGAUGUUUUUAUUGCUAGUGCAAAAAAAAAUCUAAUUUAAUUAUUUGUGUUACUAAUCCUGUUAAAAAUCCUUUAAUAAAUAGGUUUCAAUUUUGUUAA